UGGUCUGCCAACCGCCAAAAAGAACUCAAACGAAGAAGAACAAGAAUUAAACACCAAAGAAGAAGAAGAAGGAAAAGCAGAAACCCAACUCGAUCAGCAGCUACUGCAUUCUUUUUUAAUUAAAUCUAUUUAUACCUAGUAGGUAACUAGGUUUACUAGCAGUCGGGCAAAAAUCAGUAAGAUAAUUCUACAGCGGUUAGCUUUAACAUUCGCGGUUAGCUGGUUGCUACAGUAGAGCUAGCUUCACUGCUAGCUUAGUUAGCUUACGUUAGCUCAGUUAAAAGGUUAUAUAGCGUGUUAAGUCAACUGACUCAGCAAGAGGUUCACAUCGACUGUGUCAUAAACAUAGAUUAAGCAUGGCGCUCAAAUCAGGAGAGGAGCGUUUGAAGGAGAUGGAGGCUGAGAUGGCUCUUUUUGAGCAGGAGGUCCUUGGUGGUCCAGUUCCAAUAUCGGGAAGUCCACCGGAUAUGGAGGCAGUACCUUUGGCUCUCUCUGUCCCAACAGUUCCAGUAAUGCGAGCCAUUAUAGGCACCAACACUUACCGACAGGUCCAGCAGACGUUAGAAGCCAGAGCUGCUAGUUUUGUGGGUCCUCCACCUCCUGUCUUUGCAGGACCAGGCCCUCCUGUACGUCCUCCCAUGCUGAGACCUGCGUUUGUCCCCCAUAUCUUGCAAAGACCGGUUGGUCAGAGGCUGCCGAUGAUGCGUGGACCUCCAAUAGCACCUCCUCUGCCUCGGCCUCCACCACCUCCUCCCAUGAUGCUCCCUCCUUCUAUGCAGGCACCUCAGGGUGCUUCUCCAUCCAUUCAGCACAUGGCCCCUGCACCUCAGGUCCGUGAUAUGGUCUCAAUGGCCCCGCCCUCAAGACAGGGAGGCCCGACUCCCAUCAAACAGACUCCGUCGAUCAUCCAGGCAGCACCGACCGUGUACUCCGCUCCCCCUGCCCCUGCCAGCCAUAAAAGAGUGGAUGUUAGGGCUCAGAGACAAGCCAGAAUGGAGGAGCUGGCAGCGCGGGUUGCAGAGCAGCAGGCAGCGGUGAUGGCAGCUGGUCUACUGGACAAGAAGGAGAGUGAAGACAGCAGCGCCGUCAUUGGACCCAGCAUGCCUGAGCCCGAGCCCCCCCACACUGAGCCUGUGGAAAGUACUUCAGAGGAUAAAAAGAAGUCAAAGUCGGAGAAGGUGAAGAAGUGCAUCCGUACUGCAGCAGGGACCAGCUGGGAGGAUGCCAGUCUGUUAGAGUGGGAUUCAGAUGAUUUCCGUAUAUUCUGUGGUGAUCUUGGUAAUGAGGUGAAUGAUGACAUCCUGGCCAGAGCCUUCAGCAGAUACCCAUCUUUCCUCAAAGCUAAGGUGGUGAGAGACAAACGUACAGGAAAGACCAAAGGCUAUGGUUUCGUCAGCUUCAAAGAUCCAAAUGACUACGUUAGAGCCAUGAGGGAGAUGAACGGGAAAUAUGUUGGCAGUCGUCCUAUCAAACUGAGGAAGAGCAUGUGGAAGGACCGCAACAUGGAAGUGGUACGCAAGAAACAGAAGGAGAAGAAGAAACUGGGCCUCAGAUAAUUGGACUGUGUGUUUUUAGCUCCCCAGUGGUCUGAUUUUGGUUUGUCCAAUCAGGAGUUGUACUGAUAUUGUACAGGUGUUAAUACUUUUUUUCUUUCUUAAAUAAAACCAUGACUUCCUCUGUG